CGUGGGCCCCCGAGCGCUCGAGGCGUGGACCAGGCCCACGCGGCGGCGCCGUGGCCACCGGUUGCUUGCUUCCUUUCCUCCUUCCUCCAGACGACGCGGAGGCAGCCGCUGCUACCUCUCCAUCUCCGCCCUCCGCCGUCCCCCGACCAACCCAACUCCACCAAACAAGAGGUUUUCCGCCGCGGGCCGAUCGAUCCAUCGAGUCUACCGCGGCCGAUCGAUCCAUCGAUCGAGAAUGUCAAGCCUUGAGGAGCCACUUGGUCUUGGAGACCUGCCAAAGUUGAGUAUUAACAGACUUGAGCGGUUCUCGUCGCCAAGUGCUUGUCGUAGGGCAACAGUUGAUGACCGCAGCAAUGGCAAGUACAAUAACUCCUGCAACGGUAGCACUCAGAUGAUCUUCCAUGGCAAUUCUCAACUAUGGCAUCUGCAAUGCCGUAAUGCCGAUUCAUCCUGUGAUGGAGUGGAGCUUAGAGAUCUUCCUCGCAAGGUUCUGAGGGAUCUACCAAGGUUUGUGAAGAUAGUUGAAGUUGGACCACGAGACGGUCUGCAAAAUGAGAAAAACAAUGUACCAACAUCUGUAAAGAUCCAGCUGAUACACAAAUUAGUGGCUGCAGGUUUAUCAGUAGUUGAAGCCACAAGUUUUGUAUCCCCAAAAUGGGUGCCACAGCUAGCUGAUGCAAAGGAAGUCCUCGAAGGGAUCCAGCAGGUGCCAGAUGUGCAGUAUCCAGUGUUAACUCCUAACCUCAGAGGAUUUGAGGCUGCUGUUGCAGCUGGUGCAAAAGAAGUUGCAGUUUUUGCAUCUGCCUCUGAAUCCUUCUCUAAGUCGAACAUUAACUGUACUAUUGAGGAAAGCCUUGUUCGGUACCGUGAUGUUACUGCUGCUGCCAAGAAACAUGGAAUAUGUAUCCGCGGGUAUGUUUCAUGUGUGAUUGCUUGCCCCGUCGAAGGCACAAUCCAUCCAUCGAAGGUGGCAUAUGUAGCUAAGGAGCUCUACGACAUGGGUUGCUCGGAGAUUUCACUUGGAGACACAAUUGGUGUUGGUACACCAGGUAGUGUAGUUGCUAUGCUUGGAGCUGUCAUGUCCUUUGUUCCAGUAGACAAGAUUGCUGUUCAUUUCCAUGAUACAUACGGCCAAGCCCUUGCCAACAUCCUAGUCUCCCUUCAAAUGGGGAUCAGCAUAGUGGACUCAUCAGUGUCAGGCCUCGGAGGCUGCCCGUAUGCAAAGGGCGCCACCGGCAAUGUUGCCUCCGAGGAUGUUGUGUACAUGCUCCAUGGCCUGGGGAUAGAGACCAACGUCGACCUCAACAAGCUCAUGGAGGCCGGUGAUUACAUCUCCAAACAUCUGGGCAGACCAUUGGGCUCGAAGACUGCGACUGCUCUGCGCAAGCUAGCCAACUGAAGUCCCUUAAGAUCAUUUUAGGGAACCUGAAAGAAGAUGCAUCAGUUGGUGUCAAUCACACGUAUUUACGCAUGAAGAUCAUACGAACGUCUACGUUCUCAAUUCAGUUUCCAUUUAAGUGAAAGUACACAGGAAACAUUGAUUUACACAAACUUGUAUUCUGCCCUUUUUACGAUCCUGAAAAUCAGCAUCCUUCGUGGAAGAUAUAGUUUUUGCCAAAUGUACUCUGGACCUCCUCCUUUGUGUGCCCAUGGAAAAUAAACGGGUCAGGAAUCUAAUCUUUGGUAGCUUA